ACCCUAAAGGGGCCAUGUUUAUAUGUGCGCUAUAUAGAGCGUGUGUUAUGGCGGUUCACGUGUUGAGGUUAGCGAGAUUUUCGUCUCGUCGAUGAUAUUUCUAACAAUUAAUAAUUUUUAUUCCGCGAUUAUUCUAAGAUGUUCAACUUCCUGAGAACACGCCUCACAUCGAUGCAGAAUGCUCGUAUCGUGUCAGCACGUCCUACCGUGCAGUGCUCAAUGCGAUUCUGCUCGUUCUGCAAGUUCUACCAUUUAAAACCACUCAAACCAUUGAGACACACACAGCUUCGUCAUUAUGCAACAACUGAUGUGGAAGUAGAACUUCAAGCUCCCUGGAAGCAGAUCAAGCGUCGUUCUAAGAAGCCAGAAGAACCAUGUCAGAAAAACAACAGAAAAGCAGCAGUACACAAGUUAAACUUUGCUCAUAUAUCUGCUUUAGUCGAUCAGCCUGAUACUAAUAAAUUGCACGAUAUUGCUCAUCUCGACAAGGGAGCGACCACAACACAAGCAAACAAUGCUAAGACUGAAUUUUCGAAGGAUUUAGUUUAUACAGAAGACCAUCUAGACAACACAUAUAAUAUGAUACUUAAGGAAUCUGAAGAGUAUGUAGAGGACAAGUCCACAGUGAUAGAAAACCUAAAGGAAUGUGGUAUAAGCGAUAACACUACACUAAUUAAGGAUUCUACUUUUUUGGACAUAUUGCAACGAAACAAAGAGAAUGACCUCAAGGAUGAGCCAUCGCUCGCACAUGCAUCCAAGUGCAACAAGAGUUCGAACGAGAGUUUUUACGCCACAAUUCCCUUCACGAAGCAAAAGGAUAUAUUCGAGGAUUCCCUCACCGAUCAGAAUCUGAUAUUGCAAGUGCUGGCCUACGUGGACAUCUAUAUACAGAACAAAAUGCUGACCAAGGUCUCCAAGAUAUUGAUGAAGAAUUCCGAUCUACUCAAACGCACUAACAUCCCCACGCCGUACAAUAUGUUCAUGGAGUUUUACGUCUCUAACAGAAAUAUGCCAAAGGUCUUCGAGAUCCAUCAAAUAAUGAAGGAAAAUUCCAUCACACCCGACGCGCAGACGUACGCUCUUAUGUUUCAAGUAAUCGUGAGAAUGAAACAUAAGGAAAGCCAAGAAGAGAAAAUGGCAGAUGUAGUUGCGGAUAUGAAUCGCAACGACGUCUCUUUCGAUAAGAUAAUGAAUACAGUGCUUAUGAAGGUUAAUCAGCGCGAUGAUGUUCUACGGUGCAUUCAGCUCGUAGAUCCGGAAUAUCGCGUGCGAUACAAAAACAUCAAUACUUCGCACAGUUGCAAAUUGCUGCAGAACUUGACGGCGGUCAAGAACUAUCAGUGCCCAGCAAAGGGAGUAAUAACGAACACGAACGAGCUGCGAGACAUGGUGCGUACACAGCUCGAAAUGGAGAAGCGGUGCACGAUGGAAGUGAAGAGUAUCACGCAGUUCACCGGGGAUCCCAACGUUAGACAGCAGGCUGUGGGACAAAUCGCGGAAUGGACAAAAACCUGGAAAUUAGUCGUGAAGGAGGCCUUCGAGAGAAACUUGACUUACCUGAAACAGAAAGAGAUCAGCAAACAGGAUUUGAAAUUUUUAUAUCCGUUCCUGGAAGUCCUGCCCAAGGAGGAAUACAUCAACGCGAUUUUGCGCGAGAUCAACCAGCUGGCCAGAUCCUCGGACGUGUACAGCUUACCUAUGUUAAAUCUUUAUACAACACUAGGAAAAUAUAUUUACACAAAAUAUCAGUUUCAUUGCAAGAUGAAAGCUGGCAUCAUCGAGAAUGUGAUACAAGUCUACGAUAAGUACUUGGAGUGGUAUUUGCAAAAGGAUUCCACCGACAGCAGCGUGAACGGGCGUAGCAAAUGGCAGCAGCUCGUUCAUGAGAUGAACAAAUCCGGUCUGCACUCGCAGAUGAUGGUGCCAGAGUGGCCUCGACACGUUCUGGUGAACAUCGGCAAGUUUCUGUACAACAUCAUCAUAAACGACGUGAAGAUUCCUCACGUAUUCAAGGCGGGCGCGCCCGAACGACUGAUUCCCGCGUUCUACUUACUCUACCGAAAUAAAACCAAGAUCUAUCUGACGGAGGAAAUCAAGCCACACCCGCAUCUGUACAAGGUGUACAAAGAAUCGCAUCCGGAGACGCUGACCUUCGACACGAUCUUGUUGCCGAUGUGUUCGCCGCCGCGUCCGUGGAUCGACAUCAACACCGGCGGCUAUCUCAUCUCGAAGGCGGAGUUCGUCCGCGAUCCGUAUAUGACGCCGACGUAUCUGCUGAGUAAAACGCCAACGAAGCAGCUGUAUCCGGCGUUUGAUUGCUUGAACCAACUCGGCACGAUUCCGUGGCAGAUCAACAAGCCCAUACUGGAUAUUUUAAUCGAGAUCUUCCAGAAUGGCGGCUCGGAAAAGCUGGAAGUGCCGCAGCCGCCCUCGGCGCUGCCGUCUCUGAAAGAUCUUAUAUCGCGCGAAGGCGGCAAGGUUGACAACAGCAAGAUAUCGCAUUUACUGGUUCAGCUGAAGCGCAGGAAGAACGAAAUGUACUCGCUGUGGUGCGACUGCCUCUACAAGUUGUCUCUGGCGAAUCACUUCAGGGACAAGGUGUUCUGGCUGCCGCACAAUCUCGACUUCCGAGGCAGAGUAUAUCCGGUGCCGCCUCACAUGACUCACCUCACGUCAGACUUGGGCCGCUCGAUUCUCAUGUUCGCGCAGGGCAAACCGCUCGGGCCCAACGGCUUGGACUGGCUGAAGAUACACACGAUUAAUCUGACCGGCAUGAAGAAGCGCGAGCCGAUACACAAGCGGCUGGAGUUCGCGAACGAGAUCCUCGACCUGAUCAUCGACAGCGCGCGGAAUCCGCUCACGGGCGAGAUGUGGUGGACGAAGUCCGAUGAGCCGUGGCAGACGCUGGCGGCGUGCAAGGAGAUCGACUAUGCCCUGCAGUCGCCAGACGUGGAGCGGUACGUCAGCAGUCUCCCUAUUCAUCAGGAUGGCAGUUGCAACGGGCUGCAGCACUAUGCCGCGCUCGGGCGCGACCAAAUCGGUGCGGAGAGCGUGAAUCUAUGUCCCAUGGACACGCCGCAGGACGUGUACAGCGUCGUCGCCAGCUACGUCGACAACUAUAGGCGAAUUGACGCCAAUGCCGACGUCAAAGUGGCGAAAGUCUUGGAAGGGCAUAUCAGCAGGAAGGUCAUCAAGCAGACGGUGAUGACGACGGUGUACGGAGUGACGAAAUUCGGCGCCAGGCUACAGAUAGCUCGGCAGCUGAGCGACCUGAAGGAGUUCGAUCAUAAUUACGUCUGGAGCGGCAGCCAGUAUCUGACCGAGAAGACAUUCAAAUCUCUGCAGACGAUGUUCGCAAGCGCGAAGGAAAUUCAGGACUGGUUCACGCAGUGUGCUGGCGUUAUCUCGCUCAACAAUCAGUAUGUGCAAUGGGUGACGCCGCUUGGUCUGCCGGUUUUGCAGCCCUACUUCAGGCGAAUCAAGUCGACUAGUCAAAAGAAGCUCGGCAAAACGUCAAAUAUAAAACCGGACACUAUGAAGCAAAAGAAUGCUUUUCCGCCGAAUUUUAUUCACUCGCUGGACUCCAGCCACAUGAUGCUGACGAGCUUGCACUGCGAGCAGGCAGGAAUCACAUUUAUGUCGGUGCACGAUUGUUUCUGGACGCAUCCCUGCACGGUGGACAUUAUGAACAGAAUCUGCCGAGAGCAAUUUGUCAUGCUUCACAACGAGCCCAUCCUCGAAGAUUUGUCCAAGUUCUUUUGUGAGAAAUACAAAGAUCACUUCACACUCAAACACCCCAUACAAAGGAAUCAAGCAGUGGGCAUGCACGUUUUCAAGAAUCUACCAAAGAAGGGUGACUUCGACAUCAACGGAAUCCUGUCGUCUCGAUACUUCUUCAGUUAAAACUAAAUUGUCUCGAGAAAACAUUAUUUUUAGACAUACAUUAUGCACAUGUAAUGUGCACUAAUGUAAUCUAGUUUUUGACAUUUUAAUUGGUCUCGGUGCGCCUCGAAAGUUAUAUAUUGACCAAACAAAAUGUUGAAAUAAUUAAAAUAAAUAAUAUUGUUAGGCUAA